UCAAGAUAAAGUGUCAGAAAAAAGUCCGGGAUGCAGAGAAACAUGACAAUUACUCAUCUUCUCUCAUUUCGUCAGCUCUUGUAUAUCCUGUAAAUAAGAAGAGGAAAGAGACCACAAACUGCAGGUUUAUAGUAGUUGAGGAACCUACUCUCCAGUCACCACGAUGCCGGUGCUUAACUGCACCUUCAACUUUCUUGCAGCCAUUUUAACUGGUGACAUAAUGCUCAGUGACUUAGGAUGCUCUAAGGCUGCUGUGGUGUGUGGGAUGAAUAUCUCCUGGGUGUUGGCUACUGCCACUAAACCAGACCUGGAAGAAAUUUGCUUGACCGAGGAUGAGUACCUCAUGAGACACCUGGGGGAAUCGAGAUCCCCUGUGUUUCUCCCUGUCUGUGUCACUUACCUCACCAUCUUCAUUGUGGGUGUCCUGGGAAAUUCUCUGACCUGUGCGGUCAUUUUACGCUACAGGGUGAUGCAGACGCCCACCAAUUACUACUUGCUGAGCCUGGCUGUAUCCGACCUGCUGGUGCUGCUUCUGGGCAUGCCAUUAGAGAUCUACGAGAUGUGGCAAAACUACCCCUUCCUGCUGGGAGAGGGGGGAUGCUAUUUUAAAACCUUCCUGUUUGAAACUGUCUGCUUUGCCUCCAUCCUCAACGUCACAGCACUCAGCAUGGAACGCUACGUGGCGGUGGUGCACCCCCUCAAAGUCAAGCACUUGACCACGCGAGCUCACGUCAAAAGGGUCAUCUUCAUGUUGUGGGGGCUGUCGAUGGUGUGUGCUGUGCCAAACACCAGUCUGCAUGGGAUUGAGGUGCUGCCACCAAGGUUUGGGCGAGAGUUUCCCCAAUCUGCUAUCUGCCAUGUGGUCAAACCUACCUGGAUGUACAACUUGAUCAUCCUGAUCUCCACGCUGGUCUUCUUCCUGCUCCCCAUGCUGAUCAUUAGCAUUCUCUACCUGCUCAUUGGCUUGAGGCUGCGCAGGGAGCGGGUGAUGACUGUGGUGGAUACUAAUUGUAGCUUCGGACCUGAAAGUAUCUCCAGCUCAAACAAGCAGAGGCUGAGCAGACGUAACGUGCAAGUAACCAAAAUGCUAUGUGUGUUGGUGGUUGUCUUUGGCCUUUGUUGGGCUCCCUUUCAUGUCGACCGCUUGAUGUGGAGCUACAUCAACGUGUCGUUCGAGCAGCAUCGCAAAAUCUUCGAGCAUGUCCACGUCAUCUCUGGCGUCUUCUUCUACCUGAGCUCUGCCGUCAACCCCAUCCUCUAUAACCUCAUGUCCACCAGGUUCAGAGAAAUGUUCAGUCACAUCACCUGCUACUCUGACAGCUGGCAGGGACACUCGCGGACCUUGCAGAUGGCCCGACGAAGCACCAUGAGCGACAAAAUACCCAACAUGAGUAAACUGACUUAG